CUCUCUUUCUCUCACAAAGCGAAUAUAAACUAUUAUCUGCUAUUCUUUGUGAGAGAUAAUCUGCAGCAAAUUGAGUUUUUAUUUAUUUAAUUUUUUGUUAAUCUGAUUUACAGAGAGAAUCGAAGGGCAACAAGCUAAAACCUUCAUUCUUUCUUAUCCAAUUUUACCUGAGGGUUGUUAUUUUCCUUAUUGACUGAUCAGUUUUGCAUAUAAUGAAGAAGAAAGGUAACUGUCCUGAUGCUCAGAUUACUUAAUUCUGACCAAGAUCAUGUUGGAGGGUCCAUCAUAUCUUGUGUCAAGGGAUUUUCCAAGCUCCUGCGAGCAAGAGAGCAAGUGGAUUUAUAACACUUUUCAUGUAACCGAGCUCGCAAGAAGCAAGUGCCGGAUGGAAGAUGGAGAAGACCAGAUGAUGAGAAAAGUUCUCAAGCCACUCGAAGGUGAUGAAAACAAGGGGGAAAAGGAGGAUAUGUCCCUUGCCCAGUUUGACCGACCAGAUAACCACUGCCACGCAGGUGAUCAUUCAGAAUCCAGUUUACUGAUCCAGCAGCUUGGGCAAGACAUCUCAAUUAACUGUCUCCUCCGCUGCUCGAGGUCUGAUUAUGGUGCCAUUGCAACUUUGAAUAAGGGUUUCCGCUUUGUUAUUCGGAGUGGUGAACUGUACAAGUUGAGGCGUGAAAUGGGAAUUGUUGAACAUUGGAUUUACUUUUCUUGCAGCCUUUUGGAAUGGGAGGCUUUUGAUCCAAUUCGUCAUCGAUGGAUGCAUUUGCCCAAAAUGACCUCUAAUGAAUGUUUCAUGUGUUCAGAUAAGGAGUCAUUGGCAGUUGGGACCGAACUUCUUGUUUUCGGAAAGGAAAUAUCGUCCCAUGUUAUUUAUAGAUAUAGCAUUUUGACUAACACGUGGUCAUCUGGGAUGAAGAUGAAUACACCCCGGUGUUUGUUUGGAUCUGCGAGCCUGGGCGAAAUUGCAAUUCUAGCUGGUGGUUGUGAUCCACAUGGGAAUAUUUUGAGCUCUGCGGAGCUUUAUAAUUCAGAAACCGGCAAGUGGGUGACCAUUCCAAACAUGAAUAAAGCAAGAAAAAUGUGUUCUGCUGUAUUUAUGGAUAGGAAGUUUUAUGUUAUUGGUGGAAUUGGGGUUGGGAGUGCAAAAACGCUGACAUGUGGGGAGGUGUAUGAUCUGAAGACGAAGACGUGGCAUGAGAUACCUAACAUGUAUCCUGCACGAAAUGGAGUGGCUGGAGCAACUGAAGCACCUGCCGCAGCUGAGGCACCUCCACUAGUGGCAGUUGUGAAUAAUGAGCUGUAUGCAGCUGAUUAUGCCCUGAAAGAGGUGAGGAAAUAUGACAAAGAGAAGAACUUGUGGGUCACACUAGGGGGACUACCUGACCAAGCAGUCUCUAUGAAUGGUUGGGGCUUAGCGUUUAGGGCCUGUGGGGAUCGACUAAUUGUUAUUGGCGGACCUAGGGCUUUAGGUGAAGGGAUGAUCGAGCUAAACUCUUGGGUUCCAAACGAGGGCCCACCACAAUGGAACUUGCUUGCAAGAAAGCCCUCCGGCAGUUUUGUUUAUAACUGUGCUGUGAUGGGAUGCUGAAAUGUGCAUCCAGUUUUGGUGGCACUGUGAUGCUGUACAAGUCCUUUUUCUGCUGGAACUUACAGCUCUGUCCUUCAAGGAGAAUGUGUUCUGGGUAAUCUCUGCCUUUCUUUUGUGGGAAAUCUCAUGCUUCAUGUAGAUGGAGAAGGUCUGGAGAUUUCUCUGCCUUUAUAGUUUUAUCAUGUUUAGUUGCUUUUGACCCCCCUUUCUUUUUCUUUUUCUUUUUGGGGUCACAGAAUUGUUCUUUUAUUUCAGGGUUUGUCAAAGGUUGGUUUUGGGUUGAACAUGCACAGUUAAAUAAUUUCAAGUCCCAGUACAUGUUAGGUCGUUUUCAAUA